AUGAGAUCGUUUGUGCUUGCAGUUGUCUGUCUGGCCGUCGCUGCUGCCAGGGCGGAACAGAUCGACAUCGAUUGGUCAAAGGUGCGACCGGUCGAGGAGUUCGAUCACUACUGGGCCCGCCUGCCACCGGAAAUGCAGGCCUACCGUAACGAGACCUCAACGGACCGCAUCACCAACGGGCAGGAGGCUCUGCCCGGCCAGUUCCCGUACCAGGUCGCACUGCUGAGCGACUUUCCCGAGGGUACGGCGCUUUGUGGAGCAUCCGUGCUGACCCGCAACUUCCUCCUGACGGCGGCUCACUGCAUUAGUGGCACUGGGAAUGCCCUGUCCAGUGGGGGUAUUGCCAUCAUGGGAGCGCAAAACCGUAUGAUUGUGGAGCUGUCACAACAGCGCAUCCGGUUCUCGACGUCUGGCAUCCGCCGACAUCCAGGGUACGACGCUACCAGCCUGAGGAACGAUGUGGCGCUGGUUUUGCUCAACUCACGGAUAACGUACACGUCCCGCGUGCAACCGAUUCGUUUGCCGGCCCGCACGGAUACGCGCCAGUUUGGAGGCUUUACCGGCACCGUGUCUGGGUUCGGACGCACCACGGACUCAAGUCAGGCUACGUCGGCAACGCUACGUUUCACCAGCAAUCCGGUCCUGACCAACGCCGAGUGUAUUACGAGCUGGGGCUUCGCGCUGGCCCAGAGCCAGAACGUGUGCCUGAAGGCGUCGGGUGGACGGUCGGCUUGCAACGGGGACUCCGGUGGGCCACUUACUGUGGACUCGAACGGAGUGCUGCAGAUCGGUGUGGUGUCGUUCGUGUCUGCAGCCGGCUGUGCCUCCGGCAGGCCCUCGGUGUACGCUCGUGUUACGUACUUCCUGCCGUGGAUCAAUGCAAACACAUGGUAA